AAAGUCGUCCCUGGUCCUCUCUCUCUCUCUCUCUCUCCGGACAUCUGGAUGCGGGCUUCCUGCUAAACAAUCCUAGAAGUCUAAACGAAACCCUCACACUUCCAUCGAUCCUUCUUUGGUGGAGAUUGAAGAGGGAAUUGAAAUGGCGAUCGAGAAUCCUGGGCUUCGCCUUCAUCUUCUCCUCUUCCUUGUUCUUUCAUCUUCUUUCGCUAUCUUCAAAGUUUCAUCGGAAUCAGACUCGGAUCGAGUAGCAGAGUUACUGAGACUCCAACCCAGAUCUGGAUCUGGCGUAAUCCAUCUCGAUGACCAAAGCCUCAGGCGCUUCGUCACCUCUGCAAAAUCCAGAUCCUACUCCCUCAUCAUCUUCUUCGAUGCAGUUCAUCUCCACGACAAGAGUGAACUCCACCUCCAAGAGCUUCGCGCCGAGUUCGACCUCGUCGCAUCGGCUUUCAUCAACAACAACAAGGACACUCCGGCCCACUCCAAGGUCUUCUUCUGCGACAUCGAAUUCAAGGAAUCUCAGUCGAGCUUCGCCCUCUUCGGCGUCAAUACUCUUCCUCACGUUCGCUACGUCGGGCCUCAGAUUCAGAACCUCAAGGAUUCGGAGCCUAUGGACCAGAACGACUUUGCUAGGAUGGCGGAAUCCAUGGCCCAAUUCGUCGAGGUCAAGACGAAGGUGACGGUUGGACCCAUCGAACGGCCUCCGCCUCUCUCCAAGAAGCAGAUAGGGUUUCUGUUGGCGUUGGUGCUGAUAUCGGCUCCGUUCGUCGUGAAGAGGGUUAUUGCUGGGGAUACUCUGUUUCAGGAUCCCAAAUUGUGGCUUUCGCUUGCGGUGUUCGUUUACUUUUUCAGUGUUUCUGGGGCGAUGCACAAUAUUAUUCGGAAGAUGCCCAUGUUCUUGGCGGAUCGGAACGACCCUUCGAAGCUCAUCUUCUUCUAUCAGGGUUCAGGGAUGCAGCUUGGUGCAGAGGGUUUCGCUAUUGGUUUCUUGUAUACGGUCGUGGGUUUGUUGUUGGCUUUCGUAACGCAUCUUCUUAUUCGGGUGCGGAAUGUGACGGUGCAGAGGGUAUUUAUGAUUACUGCUCUUCUGGUUUCAUUUUGGGCUGUGAGGAAGGUUAUUUAUUUGGAUAAUUGGAAGACGGGAUACGGAGUUCAUGGAUUCUGGCCCUCGAGUUGGAAAUGAGACUGCAUUACAUUGAGAUCUCCUUUAGUUUUUGUUUUAAGGUUUCCUCCUUUUUAAAGGCUGCGUACAUUAUGACCCUUCCCAAAUCCUGCAGUGGCGGGAGUUUUUUAUACAAGUAUACAGCCAGAAGAGCCAAGAGGAAGAUGUUCUUAGUUUUUUCAUGGAAAAAAACCAUUUAUUGUUAAAGUGAAGGAUAGGGAAUUACAUUCUAUGCUGCCAGUUCUAGUUAUGCCUUCAAUUCUAGCUCUUCUAGCCAUCAUAUGUGCCUGUCUAGCACUUUCUAUAAACCUGUAAAAUUUUGCAGUUCCUCAGAUUUAAUUGAAGUAAAUGCAUCGUACUGUAAGUUAAAACC